AUGGCGGAGCACCUAGCGUCAAUCUUCGGGACGGAGAAGGACCGCGUGAACUGCCCGUUCUACUUCAAAAUCGGCGCUUGCCGUCAUGGCGACCGGUGCUCGCGGCUGCACAACCGCCCGAGCAUUUCGCCGACGCUGCUGUUGUCGAACAUGUACCAGCGCCCUGACAUGAUCACGCCCGGGGUGGACCCGCAGGGGCAGCCCCUGGACCCGCGCAAGAUCCAGCAGCACUUCGAGGACUUCUAUGAGGACAUCUUCAUGGAGCUCGCCAAGUUCGGCGAGAUUGAGAGCCUCAACGUCUGCGACAACCUCGCCGACCACAUGAUCGGCAACGUCUACGUCCAGUUUCGCGAGGAAGACCAGGCUGCCAAGGCACUCCACGCGCUCCACGGACGGUUCUACAACGCCCGCCCCAUCAUCGCCGACUUCUCCCCCGUCACCGACUUCCGUGAGGCCACAUGUCGCCAAUUCGAGGAGAACAGCUGCAACCGCGGCGGAUAUUGCAACUUCAUGCAUGUCAAACUCAUCGGAAGGGACCUCCGCCGGAGGCUCUUUGGUCGCCACUAUCGUGGUGGUGGCGGCUACAACGGGGGAAGCCGGAGUCGAAGUCGUAGCCGCAGCGCGAGUCCUAGGCACCGCCGGGAGAGGCGGGAGAGGGACUCCCGUAGUGGCAGCGGGAGGCGGGAUUAUAGAGAGAGGGACGGCGGUGGUCGCCGUAGACACGCCGAGAGUCCCGCCAGGGAAGGGAGCGAGGAGCGCCGCGCGAGGAUCGAGCAGUGGAAUCGGGAGAGGGAGGAGAAAGAGUGA